AUGUUGAUUCAUUUGAAAAAUGGUGCAUUAUUUUAUGCAUCUGGUAAAGUUGUACAUGGUUUUGGCAGAGGAUCAAAACAACUUGGAAUACCAACUGCAAAUCUUGAAGAAUCUGUUGUAGAUGAAAUCCCAGAUUCCAUUGAAAAUGGUAUUUAUUUUGGAUGGGCUAAAUUGAAUAAUACACCAGUGUAUAAAAUGGUUAUGAGUAUUGGAUGGAAUCCUUACUUUAAAAAUAUCAAACGUUCAAUGGAAGUUCAUAUAUUGCAUAAUUUUGAAGAGAAUUUUUAUGGUAGCCAAAUUCAGCUAAUCGCUGUGAAAUAUUUCAGACCUGAAUAUGAUUUUCCUAGUAUAACGGAUUUAAUUAAACAAAUCCAUACGGAUAUAACUGAAGCGAAUGCAUUCCUUGACCAAUGCGAAGCAUUAAUUUGGAGUACACAUGAAUUAUUCCAUGUAAACGACCGGUGA